UCAACAAGGAGAACAUGGAGAAGGCGGUGAGCCCUGAGAUCCUGUCAUCUGACCUGGCUCUCUACUUGGUUCAUAAAGGAAUGCCGUUCAGACAAGCCCACAUUGCCUCUGGGAAAGCCGUCCACCUCGCUGAGUCGAAAGGCACCACCAUCAGUAACCUCAGCCUGGAGGACCUGAAGAGCAUCAGCCCCCUGUUUGGCAGCGACGUCUCCCAGGUCUUCAACAUCGUCAACAGCGUGGAGCAGUACACGGCCAUGGGCGGUACAGCCAAGAGCAGCGUGACCACCCAGAUCGAGCAGCUGAGGGAGCUGCUGAAGAGGCUGAAGGAACAAGCUUAGAGUGUGGGGAGAUAUCCCGUGGAUGCAGCGUUGUGCCUAUCACACUAAUCUGAAGUUAAUAAACACUGGGGUGCAUUGUAGUUCACUGAAA